AUGACAUCAAGCCUGGCGACGCGGCAAGGCCUUUUGACGCACUCAGGAAACCGUCUGUCGGCAAUCAUACAGGAAGAGUUCGAAACCAUCAAUGCGGAAAUUGGCACCGAAGCAAACAAGCUAGAGGCUGCAAUGGAGAAGUUCAGCGAAGCAGUGGACAGGUUGGACAACAAGACGCAGUCACUCCCAGAGAUUAUUGAGAGGAUUGAAACAAAUACUACAGCAGCACAAUCUGUUCUGGACAACGCGAACAAAGCGCUGGCAAGGCUAAUCCGACUUCAAGAGGAGCUUGAAUUCGACCAGGAACAACGCUCCCUUGACAGAAGCAUUGACAACCUCUUCAAGUUCAACUACCUUCUUGACGUCCUCGAAGGAGACGUGAAGCAUUUCGAGGUCUCGGGAAGCACCUAUCAAUUGGUGGUUGAGCAUCUGAAGGAGAAAUAUGGCAAUAAACAGGCUUUGAUUGAUCAACUUUUGAAGAAUCUCCCGAACCGAAAGUCUAGAAGACCAGGAAGCACUUUGCGAGCAACUUCACUCUAUAACUUCGCAACUGACACUCAAAGGGGAACACGUCGACAAUAUUUUCCUGCAAAAGGAGCUGCUUGCGAAGUUCUCGGUGGCCGUUCAGAGGCAUAUCUUGCGGCAGAAAACGCACUUGAAGAACGAAGGAAACUGGAGUACGGCAGUUUAGCUUUCAGCAGCAAGGGAGCAUAUCAAGACCGAGCUUAA